AUGGAUCGGGUUUAGCGAGCAACAUGAAGAGUUCCUUGAUAUUUUUAUGUCUCUUUUCGUGUAAUGUGUGUGGAAUAAAGGCAUUCCAUAAUUUAGCAUUUGGAAGAAAUGUGACAGGCUAUUAUUCCGGCACAGACAUAUCCACUAACUUAAACACAGGGAAUCUGACCGACGGAGAUGGAAUCAACACAUGUGAAAGUUUAAGUGGGACUUAUUUUCGGUUUCAAAUCGGCCUUCAAAAGACAUACACCAUUGAGUCAUCAAGACUUGUUUUUAAAGGGCCAUCUACUACGAAUGGAACUAGUAUGUAUUUUUUUGAUAGCACUCAUGAUUGGCCUUUUGAUGAAGAUAUAAACUACAGAACGGAAAUUCCACACACAGUAGUAUUUGAAGCUCAACGAACAGGAAGAGACUUUUUCUUUAAUUUAUGGCAGACACCUAGCAUUGCUAUUGAGAUCGAAUUAUGUGAAAUAGAAUUAAAUGGUUGUGAGGUUGACCACUAUGGUGAGGACUGUCUGCCCUGUAAUAAGUCUGAGAAUUGUGAAGUUUGUGACGUAAACAAUGGAGCAUGUUAUGUCUGCAGAGAAGGGUACAUGGGACCAAACUGUAGCAUGAGUAUCUAUUUUUAG